GACAGUCGUCUUUCAUUAUCACCCUCAUCAAAAAGUUAAGCAUUCCUAACUUGCCUGAAACGCACCGUCGACACUAUUCCCGCCUCCGACAUGAGAUUGACAUGCACAGCAGCCAAUUACAACGGAAUAAACGCGUUCCGUCGUAAACCCAGGCCAAUCGGCAGUGGCAAAGGGCGUGGCCACCGCCACCACAGGUUCCCAAGUGCCUGGAGUUUAUAACGCCGAAAGCACGGCCGAGCUGGGAGAAUGCGGCGUGUUGGCGUGGAGGUGCGCGCGUCUCGCUUCAACUCCCAGGGCAUAUUCCUUUAACUUGUCCUCCUCCUCCUCCCUGUCCGGAUUAUUGUCAAGCGCGACGAAGUGGGAAACACGCAGUGACGCCUGGCUCCAGAUGGCUAGAAACCCGGGUCUGAGUAGGGGCAGGGCUGCCCGCACGCCCCCGUCGCUCGUUUGCGGACUGCUCUUGCUCUCCGUGACCGUGACAGGUAGCGCGAGCGCACAGCGCGUCGGCGGUACCGGCCUGUCAUAUGCGCUCCGAUCUGAACUUUCUGAGGAUACCAUACUGGUUGCCAACAACGGGAUACGCGUGCCUUUCGGGAGAUCCGCUUUCAUUGACCCUAUCAACGAUUUAGUUACUCAAGUCCAGCCGGGAGACAAAUGCAGCAUAACUGUCCUGGAUAACGACCCGCUGUCACAAAGACCCGGACACUUGUCUCCGAAAAAGUUUUCGUGCGAAUUUGGUCCCAAUGACGUGAAGUACACGCACUUCGGCUCCAGGAGCCCUUCGAAAGACAGAGUCCGGUUACAGCUCAGGUAUGACACUCAGACCGAUACCAUUAUUAUACCAUUCAUGAUGGAAGUAGAGGUUGUUUUCUCCCAGCUGGAAGUGUUAACCAGAAACAUGCCGCUCACUGUAGAAAAACUGUUCGGUGUCAGUAACCCCAUUGACCGAAAAAUUUUGGAGUUUACUUUUGAUAGAAACUCUCAGCAGUGCAAAGUGUCGUCUUUAUCCAGUACCAGUGUAUUACCCAGUUAUGGGAAACUUGUUGAUGGGGGCAAACUGGGGAAAAUGAUGGACUGUGAUGAAUUACUUAAGUCAGAUGUACGCUAUCGGCACACGUCACAGCAAAAAUCCCCUAACAGAGAUUAUAUUCCAAUGAUGGUGGAAUUACAAGACAAGGAGGGAAAUCUUAUCAAACAGGAGUUUUUCCAAAUCCUGGUGCGCGUACGUGAGGGAGAGGAAAACACUCCACCAAAGCCCAGCUUUGUGGCAAUGAUGAUGAUGGAGGUGGACCAGUUUGUAAUGACAGCAAUAACAUUGGACAUGUUGGCUGCAGAAGACACAGAAUCUGAUCCGGACAGCCUGAUUUUCAACAUCACCUCUCCGUUGUCCUUGGAGGAGGGCUGCAUCGUCAGUACAGAUGAUCGGAAUUUACCAAUCACAUCUUUCUAUCAAGGGGACGUUAAUGAUCUAAAAAUAGCAUACAAGCCACCCUCUAUAGAUUCGGAGACCGAGAGAAUAUUCCAGAUUGAAUUUGAGGUGGUGGACUCAGAGGGAGCCGUUUCUGACCCAUUUGCCUUCAUGAUUGUAGUUAAGCCCAUGAACACUCUAGCUCCAGUGGUGACCAGGAACACUGGGCAGCUUUUGUAUGAAGGCCAGUCUAGGCCAUUGUUCAGUGCUGGCAACCUGGAAAUCAGUGAUGAGGACAACCUCGACGAAGUCAGAAUCAAUGUCAUUGAUGGGUUGCGGCACGGACAGCUGACUGUUUUGGGCUCCAGUGCGAUGUUCUUCACACCAGCCGACCUCGACAACGGGGUUGUCGUUUACCAACACGAUGGCAGUGAUACGUACAGCGACAACAUCAUUUUCAGAAUGACAGACGGCAAACACGAGGUGGAGUUUCUCUUUCCGAUCACAGUCGUGCCAACUGACGAUGAACCUCCAAUUGUCAACGCUAACACAGGCCUGGUGCUGUUCAAGAACCAGAUGAUACCUAUAUCAGCACUGAUGCUAAGUGGCACAGACAUCGACUCCGAGGAUUCAACUAUAAAGUUCACCAUUAAACCGCCCUUCUCUGCCGUCGGAGAAGUGUUACUGCGCCAGGCCGAGGCUCCGGAAGACCCGUCGUCGUGGAAGUUUAACGCAGCUGACGAAGUUUAUGAAAAAGUGGUGACAGAAUGGCUGCAGCGAGACCUUACCGAUGGAAAGGUGUUUUACAGACACGUGGGGCCCCACAACACUGACAUCGUGAUGGAUCAGUUCAAGUUCCAUGUUCAGGAUGACAACGACCCGCCCAACCAGUCUGAGGAGAGCGCAUUUGUCAUCAAGGUCCUUCCCAUCGACGACGUCCCUCCUGAAUUGUACCCUGGCACAGUUCUGCAAAUGACGGUGCAUGAGUACCAGCUGACUCAUUUUACCAAAAAGGUUCUGCGUUACACCGACCUCGACUCAGAGGACCGGGAUCUGAAAUACACGAUCAUCCAGCCACCCACAGACACGGAUGAGAAUAACCGAGUUGUUCUAGGAUCUAUUGUUCUGAUGGAGAAUCCUGACACUGAAGUGACUGAAUUCACGCAGGCACAAAUUAAUCAUCACAAAAUUGCCUACAAACCCCCCGACCUUGAGCUGGGGAUCACUCCCCACAUCUUGCAGUUCCAUUAUACUGUUGAAGACACUGCUGGUAACACUGUUUACGGGACAUUCACUAUAUUUUUGCAGCCCGUUGACAACAAGCCCCCUCAGAUUACCAACACUGGCUUCACUGUCUUUGAGCGGGGCAUGCACAUCCUCACACAUGCUGAACUGGACACUAAAGACGCCGACACAGAUGGCAGUCAGAUAACAUUUACGCUUAUCCAACCUCCACUACACGGUGAGGUCAAAUAUAUAUUGAUGGACUUGACCAAAGGUGACUCCUUUAAACUGGAGGACAUUUCUAAUGGAAGGAUCUCCUAUGUCCACAAUGGGGAUGAAUUCACAAGGGAUUUGUUCCAACUGGAUGUCAGUGAUGGCAUCCACAUUGUCACGAUCACGGUCAAGGUGGCAGUGAAGCCUGUCGAUGAUGAGACGCCAAUAAUUAGCCUGCCCGCGGGCACCAUCGGCUCCCACAUGGACGUUCUGGAGGACGGUGCCACAGAGAUUACAACUAAUGUCAUCCAAGGGAAAGAUGAAGACACAGAUGAUCUCAGGCUGACAUUUAUUGUGGAAGAUGCCCCUAUUUUUGGGCAGAUUUUUGUCAGUGGGGUUCCUUCUACGCAGUUUACCCAGGCUGACAUAAUCAAUGGACAUGUAGUGUACGCUCACACGAGUGGGGAGAUUGGCCUGACCACAAAGAAUGACUACUUCAACCUAACACUAACUGACAUGUCAGAUGAAUGGACGGUAGGGGGCAAUAGGGUGAAUGGGGUCCGUGUUGAAGUCACCAUCCUACCAGUGGACAACCGUUCCCCUGAGGUCACCGUGGGCCCUUUAUUCAGUGUGGUGGAAGGAGAAAAGAAUGUCAUAGAAGGACAUCAGAUAAGUGCCGAAGAUGUUGACACGCUCAUCGGUGACGUUCUCUGCACAGUCAUUGUCCAGCCCAUCUCUGGAUACUUGGAGAACAUCUCACCUGCUCCUGGCUCAGAGAAGUCAAGAACUGGUACAGCCAUCAGUGCUUUUACUAUUAAGGACAUCAGACAAGGCCACAUUUAUUAUGUGCAGAGCAUUCAUAGGGGUAUGGAGCCAGCUGAGGACAGAUUCACAUUCAGCUGUUCAGAUGGCAUUAACUUGUCAGAGCGCCAUUUUUUCCCCAUCGCCAUCAUUCCUGCCAACGAUGAAAUGCCUAAAAUUUACACUAGAGAGUUUGUUGUGAUGGAAGGUAUGAAUAUUGUUAUUGACACCCCCAUCCUUAAUGGCGCUGAUGGUGAUAUUCCGCGCGAUAAAUUAACAUUCGUCAUCACCAGACCACCCAAGCACGGCUACAUUCUCAACCAGUUAACCACCAGCUCAGUCCCAGUCACUAACUUUACCCUUGACCAAAUCGCAGAGGGUUCAACUAUUGUUUAUGAACAUGAUGAUUCGGAGACUACUGAGGACAGCUUUGAUAUCAGCCUCACAGAUGGUAAGUUCACUGUAGAGAAAACGGUCAUUGUCAUGAUAAUCCCAGUGGAUGAUGAAACACCCAGGAUGUCUGUCAACGAUGGCCUGGAAGUAGAGAUUGGGGAAACUAAAAUAAUCAACCAGAAAGUGUUGAAGGCCACAGAUCUCGACUCUGAUGACAGCAGUCUGACAUACAUCAUUCGUCUUGGACCGGGACAGGGGUUCCUGCAAAGGAAAACUCCUUCUGGGUUACUGGAGAACAUUACAGUUGGCAUGAACUUCACACAGAGACAAGUGGACCUGGAUCUCAUGGUGUACAUUCACAAUGGACAGGAGGGCAUCCGUGACCUCAUCAAGUUUGACGUCACAGAUGGCUUCAACAGUCUCAUAGACAGAUACUUUUACAUAACCAUUGGCAGUAUUGACAUGGUGUUUCCUGAUGUGGUGAGUAAAGGCGUGUCUCUCAAAGAAGGUGGUAGGGUGACCCUCACCACAGACCUCCUGAGCACCAGUGACCUGAACAGUCCAGAUGAAAACCUGGUUUUUACUAUCACCCGGGCACCUGUCCGUGGACAUCUGGAGUGCACAGACACGCCUGGCAUGCCCAUCGUGUCCUUCACACAGCUCCAGCUCGCAGGGAGCAAGAUCUACUACAUCCAUACGUCAGACGAUGAGGUCAAGAUGGACAGCUUCGAGUUUGAGGUCACGGACGGCUACAAUCCUGUGUUCCGCACGUUCCGCGUGUCCAUCGUGGAUGUAGACAACAAGAAACCUGUCCUCACAGUGCACAGCCUGACGGUAAUGGAGGGCGAGAGCAAACUGAUCACGCCCUUCGAGUUGACUGCGGAGGACCAGGACACGGCGGACCACCUGCUGAGGUUCACAGUCACGCAAGUGCCCGUACACGGCAGGCUGCUCUUCAAUAACACCCACCCCGUUACCUCGUUCACCAAACAUGACCUUGAGGAGAAUAUGAUCAGCUACCGGCAUGAUGGCACCGAAUCAUCGACGGACAGCUUCUCAUUCACCGUCACCGACGGGACGCACUCCGACUUCUACGUCUUCCCCGACACUGUGUUCGAGACCCGGAAGCCACAGAUGAUGAAGAUCACCAUUCUGUCCAUUGACAACGGGGUGCCGCAGAUCGUAGUGAAUAAGGGCGCUUCCACGCUGAAGGUCCUGUCAAUAGGACAGCUGGGGUUUAUGAUCACCAAUAAAAUCCUGAAAGCUGAAGACAAAGACAGUGUCCGACACUCCCUGAUUUUCCACGUUACUGCUGGUCCUGAGCAUGGCCACCUUCUGAACCUGGCAAAGGGCAACGCCUCCCUCACCACAUUCACCCAAGCUGACUUGGACGACCUGAAGAUCUGCUACAUUCUGAGUGACCACAAGAAUGCCACCUCUGACAUAUUCCAUUUCUCUGUCUCGGACAGCGGUGGCAACCAGCUGAGAAACCAGCAGUUUCUCCUGAACUGGGCGUGGAUCUCCCUGGAGAAGCAGCACUACGUGGUAGACGAGGACGCCAAGGUCCUGGAGGUGGUGCUGAAGCGCAGGGGCUACCUGGGGGAGACGUCAUUCGUCAGCAUCAGCACCAGGGACGGAACGGCUGAGCGGGACAAGGACUUCCGGGGCAAGUCGCAGAAGCAGGUCCAGUUCAACCCCGGCCAGACGGCAGCUACGUGGCGUGUGCGCAUCCUGGCGGACGACCAGUUCGAGCAGUCAGAGAACUUCCAGAUCACCCUGUCGGAGCCAGUCAUGGGGGUGCUGGAGGUCCCAUCCACGGCCAACGUGGACAUUGUUGACCCCGGGGAUGAGUCCACGGUCUUCAUCCCCCAGUCCAGCUACGCCGUUGAGGAGGAUGUUGGCGAGCUGUUUAUACCCAUGAAGCGGAGUGGAGACAUCAGCCAAGAACUCAUGGUGAUCUGCUACACUCAGCAAGGUACUGCCACGGGCACCGUCCCUACCACAGUCCUCUCCUACUCCGACUACAUUUCGCGUCCUGAGGAACACGCCAGUGUGCUGCGAUUCGACAAAGGUGAGGCGGAGAAGCCCUGCCGCGUUGUCAUCAUCGACGAUUCGUUGUAUGAAGAGGAAGAGAGCUUCAACGUCACCCUCAGCAUGCCCUUGGGAGGGCGACUGGGCUCGGAGCACCCUAGUGCCCGCGUCACCAUCCUACCCGACCAGGAUGACGCACCUGCGUUCUACUUUGGAGAGCUGGAGUACCAAGUGGAUGAGAGUGAGGGUCACGUGGAGGUACGCGUGUGGAGAACUGGGACUGAUCUGUCCAAGGUGGCCUCCGUUACGGUGCGCUCCCGAAAGACCGACCCUGUUUCCGCCGAAGCUGGCACAGACUAUGUGGGGAUCAGCCGCAAUCUAGAUUUUGCCCCAGGGGUGAACAUGCAAACCUUACGUGUAACCAUCCUGGAUGACCUGGGCCGCCCCGCCCUCGAGGGAGUGGAGCGGUUCGAGCUGGUACUGCGAAUGCCUAUGAACGGCGUUCUUGGAGAGCCAAGCAAGACCACCAUCUACAUCAAUGACUCUGUAUCAGACUUACCAAAAGUACAGUUCCGGAAUGCCAUGUACACAGCCAAUGAAAAUGAGGGUCAGGUCUCGGUCGUGGUGCACCGUAGUGGUGACGUCAGCUACCGGUCCGCUGUCCGUUGCUACACCCGGCAAGGCUCCGCCCAAGUGAUGAUGGACUUCGAAGAGCGGCCGAACACCGAUGCCUCGCUCAUCACCUUUCUCCCAGGGGAGACGGAGAAGCGGUGCAUACUGAGGCUGGUGGACGACUCGCUUCAUGAGGAGGACGAGGAUCUCCGGCUGGUGCUGGGUAGUCCCAGGAGUGACUCGCCGUUUGGGGCGUCUGUUGGGGCUCAAAAUGAGACACUCGUCAGGAUAAACGACCAUGCAGACAAGCCCAUCAUCAAGUUCGCCGAGACCAAGUUCAGCGUGCACGAGCCGCGAGAGGUUGGCCAGGUGGUAGUGGUGCACAUCCCCGUGCUGCGGCUGGGAGAUACCUCCAAGGUAUCGGUGGUUCGUGUUCAUACCAAGGACGGCUCUGCCACCUCAGGAGAGGACUACCACCCCAUAUCCAAAGAUGUGGAGUUUAAGGAAGGGGAGACGCGACGUGUGGUGGAGGUAGAGAUUCUGUACGACGGCGUGCGGGAGAUGAGGGAGGCCUUCACUCUCCACCUGAAGCCUGACGAGAACAUGAUCGCUGAGAUCCAGAUGAGCAAAGCCAUCGUGUACAUCGAAGAAGUCAGUAUGGCCGAUGUCACCUUCCCCUCUUCACCAGAGGUGGUAUCCCUGCUGGAGUAUGACAACACCGGUCGGACCACGGACCGCCUCCACCCCACAGCUGGUUACCCUGUCAUCUGCGUUACGGCCUGCAAUCCAAAAUACUCCGACUACCACAAGACAGGCUCCAUCUGUUUCAGCGAGCACAUCAACCACACCCUGACCCGGUACCGCUGGCUGGUCAGCGCUCCCGCUGGGUCCGAUGGCGUCACUAGCCCCAUGAGGGAGGUGGACUUUGAUACCUUCUUCACGUCCUCCAAGCUCAUCACUCUGGACUCCAUUUACUUCCAAGCCGGCUCACGGGUUCAGUGCGUCGCCCGGGCCGUCAACUCCAAUGGUGACGAGGGCCUGGAGAUAAGCAGCCCAGCUGUCACCAUCAGCGUGGAGGAGGGCUUGUGCCAACCCCGUAACCUGGGCACGGUGGGUGCUGAGCCCUUCUCCGCCAAGCUGCGCUAUACGGGAGCUGACGACCCCGACCACGCCAACCUCAUCAAGCUGACAGUCACCAUGCCACACAUCGACGGCAUGCUGCCAGUGAUCUCCACUCGGCAGCUGUCCAACUUCGAACUAACGCUCAGCCCAGACGGCACACGGGUGGGCAACCACCGCUGCUCCAACCUGCUGGACCAGCACGAGGUCACCACCCGUCACGGCUUCCUUACUGACGCUGCCCACGGCGCCAAUGUCAUCGGGGAUGCCAUGCCGUACCAGUACAGUGGCGCCCUACGGGGUGCGGGGGCGCUGCGCUUCUACAGGAACCUGAACCUGGACGCCUGCCUGUGGGAGUUCACCAGCUACUACGACAUGUCCGAGCUGCUCACGGACUGCGGGGGGACAAUCGGAACCGAUGGGCAGGUGCUGAACCUCGUCCAGUCGUACGUGACUCUGCGUGUCCCGCUCCACGUUUCGUACGUCUUCCACUCUCCCGUGGGCUUGGGCAGUUGGCAGCACUUCGACCUGCAGUCCGAGCUGCGUCUCACCUUUGUGUACGACACUGCCAUCUUGUGGAGGGACGGUAUCGGGAGCCCUCCUCAGGCAGAACUGCAAGGUUCUCUGUAUCCAACCAGCAUGCGGAUCAAUGAACAGGGCCGCCUCGUAGUGAACUUCCGUACGGAGGCUCGCUUCAGAGGCCUUUUCGUAACGUCGCAUUCUGGCUCCUCCAUGUCCUCCAUGGUCAUGUGCACAGACCACCCGGGGCUCACCUUCAACCUGAGCCUGGUGAGGAGUGAGCCGACGUACAACCAGCCAAUGCAGCAGUGGACUUUCACCUCCGACUUCGCCAUACGAGAUUACUCGGGCACCUACACUGUGAAGCUGGUCCCUUGCACGUCUGCCCCCACCCUCGAGUACAGUUUCCCCCCUGUCUGCAGCCCCCGGGAGCCUGUGACCUUUGAUCUUGACAUUCGCUUCCAGCAGGUGAGCGACCCUGUACCUGUGGAAUUCAGCCUGAACACACAAAUGUUCCUGUUAUCCAAGAAGUUACUCUGGCUGUCUGAUGGCUCCAUGGGUUUUGGACAAGAGAGCGACACCGUUUUUGCAGAGGGUGACACUAUCUAUGGCCGUGUGAUGGUGGACCCGGUGCAAAACUUAGGCGACUCCUUCAUCUGUAACAUCGAGAAGGUCUUCCUGUGCACUGGCGCCGAUGGCUACGUCCCCAAAUACAACCCCAGCAAGUCUGAGUUUGGCUGCCUUGCCGAUUCCCCCUCACUCCUUCAUCGGUUCAAAAUCAUCGACAAGGCUCAGCCCGAAACGCAGGACAGGAGCUUUGGGAGUGUCGGCUUCAAUGCGCUUCUGGCCUUGGACGACCCACAGGCGCAGGCCCUUGUCAGGCAGCCGGGCUCCGACGGCUUUAGAGUGGACUCCACCCCCCUGUUCCAGGUGGCGACAGGGAGGGCAUGGUACCUGCACACUAUUUACACAGUGCGUUCCAGGGACAAUGCCAACCGUGGUAUUGGGAAGCGUAGCCUGGAAUACCAUUCCCUGGCACAGGCUGCCAGUUCCUCGUCCAGGGCAUCUCGGUCCAUGAGGUCAGCUGGUGGGGUGCAGGAUAUCGCAGACAAAAUUGGUGCGGAGAACAACAGAGGUACCAACAUCAUGCAUAUCGCGCUGGACUACAGCCGCCAGAGGACGAGUGCAGGUGGGGAAAUUUUCGCAGAUGGCGUCGUCCCACAAGAGCUCGCCAGGCAUGGCAAGGAAGCAGGCCUCGUAACGACAGUGGGUGUCCUGGUGGGACUGCUGCUCUUCGUCCUUGUAGUCAUCCUCCUCAUUUUGUUUGUGUACUCCAAGAAGAAGGAGAAGAAGGCGGCGCCGAAAGCGUCUGGGAGUAAGGAGCCCAUCAUCACAGAGGGCUUUAGCGCUGCUGACAGUUCGGAGGUUUGACCGACAUCCAGCAGCCUGCCAGCCCUCGGCUUCAUUAUUUAGUCCAUUAUAUUUGUUUUGAAAGCCCUACAAAGCAAUUCACCAACAUUCUAGGAGGACUUUUGUCACACGGCAUUGUGCGAAAAAGGCUUGGGGUUCAGACUGAGGGCUUGUCAUUUUUUUUUUUCCUGUAAAACAUACUUGAAUGAACUACCAUUAGCUGGCCAAUGUAAACUGGCCAAUGAGACACAAGCUCCGUCCAGCAAUGGACAGCAAGGACCCCCACUGAAAAUCAGCACUGGAUAUCAGGAACUCUUUCAUUUAUGGUCUUUGCCAUCCUGAAUGCAUAUAUACACACACACACACACACACACAUUUUGUAAAGUAUGUUGUUCAUAAUAUCCUUAGCUGUUAGCUGUAAAAAUGCUGUUUGAAGUUCUGGCUUUCGGUCCAUGUACUUUACCAGUCCUUAGUCCACCCUGUAAUCUGUAUGUAAUGUAUUGCUGUUCUAAACAUUGCCAUCAGAGAUAUUACUGUUUGUAAACAAAUGCCUGCUUUUAACGAACACUGGAUUUUUGUAGAUUCGUUUUUUUAAUGAAAGUUAAUUUGCUUUUAAAAGAAAGUACUCUUCGUUUUCUUUAUGAAAACAUGGACGCAGGUCAUGCAUUAAGUACGUUUUGUAACUUGCCUUAUUCCAACUGCAUUUUUGCUUUCUUUUUGUGGGGGUGUUGCUGCCCUUCUUUCGGUCAUUCUCUGUAACGGCAGCUGUUGUUUCACGUUCACAUUUACAAAGAAAAAAUUAUGUCCUUUAUAUUAUUGGAUUGUCAUUUUUAAUGAACCCUUUAUUGUUUUUUAUAUUUAUCGCCACUGUUUUUCAUACUUACUGUCCAAGAUAUCGGAUCUCACGCCUAUAUAUUACGUGCCAUUUGUACCGUAAACAGUUGUGUACGUGUGCGACUGGGAACAUUUAGUGUAACCUGGAUGGUAACGGAACCACUUUUUAAAGUAUUGUUAUUAUGGUUGAUCGUCUGGGAAUAAUCGAUUGCCAUUUUUAAAAGACAGGGCUGAGCACAAUUAUUUGUUUAAAUGAAUAAUAUAAAUGUUAGUAACACUGCUGCAUUUGGACAUGCGUUUAUUAGCUUAGCAUUAAGGUCGUUUGGUUAUUUAUACAAUGCAGGCAGCGAUACGGAGGUUUUCACCGAGACUUACCAACAAUACGUCGGUCCUAAGGGAUUCAUGGGACUUUUUGGUGCAAAUAUGUUAAAGGGUGUUACGAUUCAAAACUCAUUUCAUGUUUAGUAUUUUAUGAACGCUAUGCAAUGUUUGGUAACGCUUUCACUGUCACGAGUUUUUUGUUUAAUAUUUUGCUUUUUUUAUUUUAUUGAUUCUUUGUCACAUUUUUAAAAUAAUUAUUUGAUUACCCCCGAAGUUUAGUUAUAGACGAUAAAUUCAGAAUGAGCCUGAAUUUAGUGUACUGUGUAUGGUUGUAUGUAUUGAUGUGUAUACAUACUUUAAAAUAUACUAAACUAUAUAGUGUUUUGGGGAACGGUCAGUGUUAAAUAUUUCCAAGGUACUGUAAGUAUUUGUAACAUAGACCUCUGAAGCACAAAGUUAUUGUCUUUUACAAAAUAAUUAAAAGUCACCAAUAAAGAGAA